AUGGGGAGAUGCCUUCACCAAGGGGACCCAAUGUCACAUUUUCUUUUUCUCAUUGUGGCGGAAGGCCUCAAUGGCCUUCUUAGAAAGGCGGUGGAUAUUGGUAGAUUUAAAGGGUUCUCUUUUGGAGGUGAUAAGGACUUAUCUAUCUCCAUGGUACAAUUUGCGGAUGUCACACUAUUCAUAGGGGAAGCUUCAAGACAAAUAAAUGGGGGUUUGGAGAGAUGGAACUUGGACUUGGGAGUUUGGUUGGAGAAGGAGUCUGAGAGACCACGCACCACCGAACCUUCCUCUUCUUCCUCGGUUCCGGUUCCGAUUCCGGUUCCUGUUCCUGUUCCUCCUAGUCCUAGGUCGAAGAAUGAGCUGCUGAAGGAGCAGCUUAAUCAAGAUGCUGAGGAUCUCAAAGUGAAAAGGAAUGAGCUUGUUAUCCUACAUGGACUUCAGUUGUUGAACUCUAACAAUAAUGAAUCAAAGAAGGAUCUUGUAUUUGAAGACGAAUAUGAGAAAAGGCUCCUGGAUAAUGUCAUCACACCUAGUGACAUUGGUGUUAGUUUUAAUGAUAUUGGGGCUCUUGAAGAUGUGAAGGAUACACUGAAGAAAUUGGUGAUGCUCCCCAUACAAAGGCCUGAGCUCUACACCAAGGGGAAAUUAACCAAGCCGUGCAGAGGUAUCCUUUUAUUUGGUCCCCCGGGAACAGGUAAAACAAUGCUUGCAAAGGCAAUUGCUACUGAUGCUGGGGCAAACUUUAUCAACAUUUCUCUGUCUAGCAUUACUUCUAAGUUUAAUGGCGAGGAGGAGAAAUUUGUGAAAGCUAUGUUCUCUGUGGCGAGGAAAAUUUCUCCUACUGUUAUAUUUGUCGAUGAAAUGUGUGCUGCUGUUGAUCUUUUCUGCUGUGGUUCAGUUGUUGUUACUUUUGAUGCUGUUAAUUCGGUGCCUGCUUGCGUUGUGAGAAGGAGUUGA